UUGUUUUGCUUACCAACUUCUAUCAUUUACACUUUAAUCGGCUGCAUUAAGAAAUUUUUAUUGAAAUAAGUCAAACGUGCCCUAUGUUUUAAUUAAAAGUUUAAAUUAUAAAAUCGCUGCUCUAAAAUUGACAUGAAUUGUCCGUUUGGACCCAAACGUACAAUAUCCGAAGGCACCGAGGAAGAAGCCCUAGAACUUAAUAAACUCUAUGAUGAUUUACGUAGAAAACUUUCAAUGCCACGCAUAGAUCGGUUGGGCGGCCGAGCGCUGGCUGCUUGGGAUGCAGACGAGAAGGCUGUGCACGUCUUGCGUAAAGAUGGAAAAUUUGGUCAUUUUGGCUAUAGUCAUGGAGGACGUGCCUUUUUGGAAAAUUACGAAGCUUUAUUUCUUUUAGAAAUGGAUCGUCUGCAGUUAGAGUACUGCACAAUGAUAAUGUCGGUGGAACAGGCUUAUUUGCUGUUGCUCGGAGAGUCGCCUAGUACGAAAUUUAAUGAAUAUCUUGUUUACUCCCAUCUCACGCGCAUUGGCUAUAUAUUAGUGCGCCACCAAAACGUGGCCUAUUACAAUCAAGACGAGCCUACGAAAGAGGAUUGUGCUUGGGCACUCGCAUUAAGCAUUGUAAAUAAUAGAGCAAUACCAGAAUAUGUGAAAAAAUCGGCAGACUUUGUCAAAGUCAAAAAAGAAAUAAAGCAUAUCAAGGAGUGUAUUACAAAACAGGAAGUACCAGCACAAAAACCAAUGGAAGAGGACAAUUCAUCAGCAAUAAGUUUUGAUCGGAAAAUAGUGUCAACAGGAAAACGAAAAGCCACGGGCGAUGAAACUGAGAACGCCAUAGAAAUUAAACGAAGAUGUUUAGAAAUAGCUUCUAGCCAAAAAAGUUUUCUGGAUUGUCUCAAAGAUGAGCCAGAGUUCAAAGAAUUUAAAACGGCGUUCGCCAAAUUCGAUAUAAUCGAAAUGGGUGACAGGGCCACAAGUAAUGAGGAUGAGUUGCGCAAUUUACAAAUUACUUUCGAUUUAUACCUACACAAUGAUGGCUUCAAAAAAAGCGCACCAAAACCACCAACGUUUCGCUUACUGAUACUAGGAGUGCAAGAACCGUUCCCUACGCACGCAGAAAUAGCUCACACAUAUAAUUUGCAGAAAUACCCAGUGCCGCUUCUGGUAGUUUCCGUGGCAGAAUCCAAGCAAAUACAAGCGUUUGUGUAUUAUUUCAGCUGAUUAUCUUAAACUUUAGUUCAUAAGCUGUUAUGCAAGUUUAAAGCUGAGUCAUUUUCGAAAUGUUAAUAAUAUGUACAUAUAUAAAAGAGGAUAUAUGUUUGUGUGCUUUCUAUGACUGACACGACUCUUUCAAUUUUGACGAAAUUGUUAACAUUUAUUUAAUGCAUUUAUUUCUUUUCUGAAAACUUCGCAUUAUAGAAAACUACUUGGUGAAGGCAAAAGCUUUCUUAUAUCCAUUUCUUCCAUAUAGACAACUUUCUUAUAUGCAAAUGUGCUGUAAAUUCAAACAAACAUACAAACGUAUAAAUCAAUUAAUAUCGUUAAGAAUUCAAAUAAAUUGGUAACUAUC